GUAAAAUUAGAGAUUCAGUUCACGGUGUUUCGGUGUGAGCCACAGUUGUUAGCCACGGUCGUGUUCAGAGCUGCUCCGCUUACAGUCUCAUUGAGAGCGUCACGGAGGAGCAUGCCUUGUGCAAACGCAUGAGAGUUUACGCGAAGGCAGGGAUAACAAGUGAAGGAGAGCUUCUUGAAGAUAAGCUUGUAGACCAUCCUCUGGAAAAGGGACUGCUGUUGGAGUUCAAGAAGGAUUCUGAUAGGGAAUUGCUGAAAGUCUUUCAGAGGUUUAAGUGCCUUGAGGCAGGGAUAACAAGUGUAGGAGAGCUUCUUGAAGAUGAGCUUGUAGACCGUCCUCUGGAAAAGGGACUGCUGUUGGAGUUCAAGAAGGAUUCUGAUAGGGAAUUGCUGAUAGAUCAUUCAGAUGAGAAAAUAUCAGCAGCUGAAAGUCUUUUGUCAGACUCAUCUGACCCAGAUGAGGUUGCUUGAGGGCGGCUUGCUCUCAUUUUCAUGUGGUUUACACUGUCCAUGACCUAGCAACUCAGAUCGGUUAAUAUUUGACAUGAUCGAGAAUGCAUUGGUAAGUGCUCUUGCUUCAUAAUUUUUGUUACCUGAAGUUUACCAUUGUUUAAUGCAUGUGAAUGCCUAGCCUUCUUGUGUAUGAUUUUGUCUUUCAAGUUUAUGGUUUCUUGUCGUAUAAAGGUUUAAAUCUCUUGUAUAUUUAGUGGUGCAUUUUCUGUAAUGUAAUACUAAGUCACAUUACAUAUUUACCGUUUAA